AUGUCUUCACAAAAUGGAUCAGAUGAAUCGAACGAAGAUCACAUUCCCUCACCUCUACCCAUGUUGAAUCGUCCUCUCAGAGAUGAAUUAUUCGACAACGACUCUGACUCAGUCGCCGUGACUUCAGAUGACAUGUCCAUCUCCAACGCGAACCCUAUCACUUCACGAACUCGUCGCCAAAAUGUUCCUAUACCCAUCGCACAAGCCGCAGAGCUGCUCCGUCUCGCACACACAUACGCAGAUGACCUCGAGUCGCAAGCUGUCACCUCAGAUGACAUGUCCAUUACAAAUGAGAGUCCCCUCGCCUCUCGGCCUCGUCGUCAGAACAGACCAAUCCCACUCAAACAGGUAGCAGCCAUGCUACGUCCUUCUCGCGCUGAGGAACUCGAUGAUCCAGCCGCCGUCACAUCAACCUCAGAUGAAGAUAUGUCCAUUUACCAAAACCCAUACCCGCUUCAGGCACGUGAACGUCGCAUAGAUACCUUUCUCCCUCGCGUACCUGCAGCGGGUCUGUUACCAGCAACAGGUUGUCGAACUCCACGCCCACCAAGGCCAGAUACGGUACCCGAAGGCCGUGCUCGAGUGGAAUCAGAUGGAAUGCCUCGACCCCCAUCUGGUUUCUCUGUCGUGGAGUAUGGAUAUGGAUGGGGAUAUGAUGGAUUUGAACGUGGAGCCUUCUUUGUAGCUGAGGAUACCGCUUAUCGUCGUCCUGCCUCCGAUCCCACGGGACAGAGACCGGGACCGCCACUGAGAACCACACCGCGAGUUAUUGUGUCGAAUGCCCAUACUUUGAGCCCGGGGGAGUAUGAUGAGUUUGCGGAGCAGAACGCUGCGUUGCAGAGAUACGAGCAGUCUUUGGACUUGUUUCCUGGUGUGGAGGCUGGUAGCUCUGAUGAUGGAGAGCCAAGUGUUAGUGGGAUGGAGGAUAGCCAGGAACCUGAGAUUCAGGAUGCUCUUCCUGUUGCUCCCGCCACUCCUGUUCGCCGUCGUCGUGGUCGUCCUGCCCGUCAACCUCCUCGUGAUCCACCUCCUCAAUACCAUGGGUAUGUAAAUUGA